AUGUUUAGAUCAACUACGUCAAAUGUCUUGACGAGGGCUCUGAGAACCAGAAAUGCUGGUGUCUCUUCUGUAAUGGUCCUCAGAGCUUACUCUCAUUUGCCUCUACAUGUUCCAAUUAAGUUGCCUAAUGGCUUGGAGUAUGAGCAACCAACUGGUUUGUUCAUUAACAAUCAGUUUGUCCCUUCAAAGCAACACAAGACUUUUGAAGUGAUCAACCCAAGCACAGAAGAAGAAAUUUGUCACAUCUACGAAGGUAGAGAAGAUGAUGUUGAAUCUGCUGUUCAAGCUGCUGACACGGCUUUCAAAAAUGGUAGUUGGACUGACAUAGACCCAUUUGAGAGAGGUCAAGCUUUAUACAAGUUAGCAGAGUUAAUUGAGAAGGACAAGGAAAUCGUUGCAUCCAUUGAAUCCUUAGACAACGGUAAAGCCAUCAACUCUGCUAGAGGCGAUGUCCAGCUAGUUAUCAACUACUUGAAGUCAUCUGCAGGUGUCGCUGAUAAGAUUGAUGGCAGACUAGUCAAUACUGGUUCCAACUACUUCAACUAUGUCAAGAAGGAGCCAUUGGGUGUCUGUGGUCAAAUUAUCCCAUGGAACUUCCCACUUUUGAUGUGGGCUUGGAAGAUCGCACCGGCUUUGGUUACUGGUAACACAGUUGUAUUGAAAACAGCUGAAUCCACCCCAUUGUCCGCUUUAUAUGUUUCAAAAUACAUCCCUAAAGCUGGUAUCCCACCUGGUGUAAUUAACAUCGUUUCUGGUUUUGGUAAGAUCGUUGGUGAAGCCUUGACUACUCAUCCAAAGAUUAAAAAAAUUGCUUUCACUGGUUCCACUGCUACUGGUAAGCACAUCUAUUCUUCUGCUGCUCAAACAUUAAAGAAGGUAACUUUAGAAUUAGGAGGUAAGUCUCCUAAUAUUGUCUUCGCCGAUGCUGAUUUAAAGAAGGCUGUUCAAAACAUUAUAUUGGGUAUAUACUACAACUCAGGUGAAGUUUGUUGUGCAGGUUCAAGAGUUUAUGUAGAGGAAUCUAUCUACGAUGAGUUUGCUCAAGAGUUCAAGACAGCAUCCGAAGCGCUAAAAGUUGGUAACCCAUUUGAUGAAUCUACAUUCCAAGGUGCUCAAACUUCUCAAAUGCAACUAGAUAAGAUCUUGAGUUAUGUGGAAAUUGGUAAGAAGGAAGGGGCAACCUUGAUUACUGGUGGUGAAAGAAUCGGUGAAAAGGGUUACUUCAUUAAACCAACUAUUUUUGGUGAUGUUACUGAAGAUAUGAGAAUUGUUAAAGAAGAAAUUUUUGGUCCCGUUGUUACUGUUACAAAGUUCAAAGAUUUGGAUCAUGUUGUUCAAAUGGCUAACGACUCCGAAUAUGGUUUGGCUGCAGGAAUUCACACAACCAACAUAAACAGUGCCGUUAAGGUUGCUGAUAGAUUAAAGGCUGGUACAGUGUGGGUUAACACAUAUAACGAUUUCCACCAAAAUAUUCCAUUUGGUGGUUUCAAUGCUUCUGGUUUGGGUCGUGAAAUGUCCAAGGAGGCAUUGGACGGAUAUCUACAAGCAAAGGCUGUCCGUGUUAAACUGGAUUAA